AUGUUCCCGGUAAAUCAGUGGGGCGGAACUGGUACCCCCAACUAUGGCUUAUACCAAAAUCCACAAAUGACGAGCGGCAUACCCAUACAGAUGCAGGGAACCGGUUUCCCCACGGGUAUGCUACCAAAUGCAUCAUUUGUACAGCGUCCAUCGGCUCCGCCGCCUCCGCCGCCUCAAAUCGCUGCAGCAGCUACGGGCUCCACACCACAAAUGAUGACCCCAAUGAACAGUAUGCGUCCCAUGAUGGGACAAAUGACGGGUAUGUCUCCUAUGAUGGGUCAACCAACAGGCAUGUCUCCUAUGAUGGGUCAACCAACAGGCAUGUCUCCCAUGAUGGGCCAGCCUACUGGUAUGCCUCCCAUGAUGGCUCAGAUGACAGGAUUGCCUAUGACGCCUCAAAUGACCGGUGCGUCUGCUGACCCGAGCAUGCGCUUGAUGUAUACGCAAUUUUUGCCUGCGGCACAGCCUUAUUCUGGAAUGCCGACACCGAGCAAUAUGAACUUUAAUCAAAACAGCCUUCAGCCGGCUCAGUUUCAGUCGAAGCUCCAGUCACUCACCCAGAUACAGGCAGGUCCUGCUAAGAAAAGUCUUUCAUGGGCUAUGAGCAAAGAAGAACGUAAAAGCUACGAUAAUAUCUUUCGUGCAUGGGACUCGAAACGAACAGGCUGGAUUAGCGGUGAUGUGGCUCGGGAGUUGUUCAGUCAAAGUGGCCUAUCUCGCGAGCAGCUUCUUCAAAUAUGGCAUCUUGCUGACCCAGAAAACCGGGGUAAGCUCAACAUUGCUGAGUUCCAUAUCGCCAUGGCGCUCAUAUACCGCGCCCUCAACGGCAAUGAAAUACCGGAUGAGCUACCUUCAGAAUUAAUUCCAUCAUCGACGCGCGAUCUGAGCGAAAGCGUUGAUUUCCUCAAAGAUUUACUCAAGCAGGACACGCAUGUCCGCAAAUCCACGGCUCUAAAUCUUGCUGAACCAGGCUCGAACAAAGAUACAAAAUACUCUGAAUCACGCUCUUUUUACAAAAAUCCAGUGGAAAGGGAAGCCACGUCGCGUCCUAGUGAUGCUAUCGCUUACAGGCACCAGGAUACCGAUUCUGCUGGAUAUCGCAGUCGAAGCCGCCAUCUGGAUCGUCGCGAAGUGAGCUUUAAUGGCCAGGUUGCUGCAGAAAGCCUUGGAGAGAUGAAGCGCCAGCUUGAAAAGACGCAGCGGAUGCUAGAACGUACGGAUCUGCGUGAUGAAGAAGAUCAUGACCUGCAGAAUGAAAUGGAAGACGUGCAGUUUGCUAUUCGCCGACUUCAAGACGAUAUUGAGUAUUAUAACCGCAAAGGCCCCCACGCGGGUGAACAGCGGCGUAAGGCCGAAAGAACGCUCAUGCAGCUUCUUCACGAGCGACUUCCGCAGCUAGAAAGGCGUCUGGAGCGGCGUCAGAACCUGGACUAUCAAAGAGGCGUGCAAGAAAGCAGGCAGCGUGAUGAACGGAACAAUGACCGAUAUGCGCAUCUUAGAGAGUCUGCAACCAUAUCGACACCAUCAGUUCAAGCGAACCCUCAAGAGCAAGACGUCACCAAAAAAGAAACAAGCAAAAACCCUUCAACAUUAUCAGCUCCAGCAGCCAAGUUGUCCCCUUCAGAGCGUGAUGCAUGGAUUAGGUCUGAGGCACAGCGACGAGUUCAGGAACGAAUGCGGAUGCUUGGCGUGGGUGGUGGCACUGUCGACAAGAUGCCGUCUGUUGAUGUCUCGGUAGAACAGCGACUUGCCGCCGAGCGUAGCGAAGCAGAGGCCCGAGCCGCUCAAGCUGAUAAGGAAGCUAAAGAGCGUGAAGAAGCUCGCAAAGCCCGUAUGCGCGGAAAUAGGCAGGCUCCUCAACCUCCUCCUCGAAGUCAUACUUCAGAGGCCCGCCAAAGCCGGCCGAUGGCAUCGCCAGAGCCAGAGUCAGAGCGAGCGCUCGAUUCUCAACAUAAAUUAACGCCAGAGCCAGAGCUGGGGCAAGCACCUGAUACUCAGUUCAAGUCAAUGCCAGAGCCGGUACCAGUACCCAAUCCUCCGCGUGAAUUCACGUCACAGCCAGAAUUAGUGUCAGAACCAGAACCAGAGCCCGAGCCCGAGCCGGGUCCAGUACCCGAUCCUCCGCGUGAAUUCACGCCACAGCCAGGACCAGUGUCAGCACCGGAUCCAGAGCCGGAGCCGGAGGAUGAACCUCAACCCAGCAGGCCGUCGAACAAUCCUUUCUUCCGUUCACACAAUGCGGAAUCAAUGAAGCAACAAGAGCAGCGACCGGAGAUUCUUUCAAAACCAGAAUUUGUUCCUGAACUUCCUGUCGAAACUCCCUCCGCGCCCCAACCAACUUCUGCUUUUCCGUCUCAAAGAUAUACACCUUCUACAUCUUCUUCACGCUCAAUUCAUUUACCUCCAUCCAAUGAGGAUGAUUGGGACGAAGAAGAAGAGGAGGAAGAGAAUCCUAUGAGUUCACGUGCGACACGGCAACAACUUGCUCAGCAGCUCUUUAGUGGUAUUGUUCCUACAUCUGAGCCAGCACCUCCCGCUCCAGAAGCGCCUCCUGCUUCGCACUAUCCAGCUCUAGAACCAGCGCCAUCAACUUCGCGAACCAGCCUCGGAGGCGGCAUGGGUGAUCGAAAUGCUCUUUUGUCCCAAAUUCGUGGCGGUCAAAUGCUUAGGAAGACUGUAACACAUGAUAGGUCUGGUGCUCAAAGUGCCGGUGCCGUGCUCGGAUCUUCCUCCCCUCCCAAUGGUUUAUCCCUUGCGUCUGUUCCUGAACCGGAAAGUAGUGAUGACGACGAGGCUGGACUAGUGAUGCCCAUGCAUGCUACAAAGGAAAUGAUACAAGCGCCGGACGCCAAUGAGCCGAGUUUCGAUUCGAAAGCAUACCAAGAAACUCGAUCCGCUAAUAACGCUGAUGUGGAUGCAUCACUUGGAUUUGAUAUGGGACGCACAAUGCAUUUUCGCAGCAUUUAUCCGUUUGAAGGCGGCGAGGGCAUGCUCUCUUUCUCAGAAAACCAGGUGUUUUUGAUUCACCCAUCGCUCAGCGGAAUGUCCGUGGAGGGUGAUUGGACAUAUGGUGCAUUGCUUUCUGACCCGGCGCAUAAAGGCUUGAUCCCUGCGGCGUAUGUAACCGAUAUGGAACAUGUUGUGGCUGCUGAAGCCCUAUAUGACUAUGACGCAACGUCACCCGAGGAAGCCUCGUUGAAAGAAGGAGAAAUGGUUCAAAUUGUUGACCAAAGUGACGAAAACUGGUGGCUAAUUGUGCAGCAUGACAAGUGCCUCAUGGUGCCAUCAAAUUAUGUCGCAGUGGCCUAG